AGCAGAUCUGAGAUCCAUAAACGUCCAUUACCUUCAAGAUACCAAAUAUAUAGAAAUUGAGCUUUGAAACCCGAAUUUCAUAAACGUCCCCACCUUUCUACUUCUCCCUUCUCGCCACCACCCAUGGGUCAGCACGAAGACAAGGGCCCAACCAACGCUGCGGGGAGAGGCUUGAAGCGAAAGCUGGAGCCUGAAUAAGAAGACCGGAAGGAGGAUGCCAAGGUUGUCGCUCUCGAAGCCCGCGAGCAUCGCCAACCUAACAACCUUCAUUCCGUUAUGGAACUUCCCGGAGAAGUCCAUUCAAAUCCAGCCAUAACAAGCACCUCCUUUUCCAUGGCUUCUCAAACUCUUCCUUCACCUUGCCCAAGUGUUUGCAAUUAUGACGUCUUUCUAAGUUUUAGAGGUGAAGACACUCGCAAGAAUUUCACUGAUCACUUGUACUCCGCCUUAAUGCGAGUUGGAAUUCAUACAUUUCGAGAUGAAGGAGAGCUCCCCAGGGGGGAGAACAUCUCUACUGAACUGCACAACGCGAUUCAUGGAUCAAAGAUUUCCAUUGUGGUUUUCUCAAAAGGCUAUGCUUAUUCUAAGUGGUGCCUUAAUGAGCUUGUCGAGAUUAUGCACUGUGCAGAAAUUAGAGGCCAAAAUCUUCUUCCUAUAUUUUAUCAUGUGGACCCCUCGGAUAUCCGAAAACAAACUGGAACUUUUGCAGAUGCAUUUGCUAGGCAUGAAGAGCAAUUUCAAAAUGAUAUGGAACAGGUGAAGGGGUGGCGAGCAGCACUUAGAGAAGCUUCUUCUCGUUCCGGCUGGGAUAUUAAGGAAGUGGCAAAUGGAUAUGAAUCAAGACUCAUAGACCAAAUUGUGAAAGAAGUUUCAAGUAAAUUGAAGCCAACAGAGUAUUUGGAUGUUGCCCGUCACCCAGUAGGAGUCAAUUCACGUGUCGAAGAGAUGAAAGCUUUAUUAAAUCUUGAAACAAGUGACGUUCGCAUUGUUGGCAUCCAUGGGAUGGGCGGGAUUGGUAAAACCACGAUAGCAAAAGCUGUCUAUAACCAAAUACAUGAUACAUUUGAGGGAAGCAGUUGUCUUUUCAAUAUCAAAGAAACGUCUGAACAGUUCAAUGGCUUGGUUGGUUUACAAAAACAACUUCUUUGUGAUAUCUUGAAAAUGAAGAAAUUUAAAAUUGACAGUGUUGAUAGAGGGAUCAGAUUGAUCGAAGAAAGAAUUCAAGGCAGAAGAGUUCUUGUUGUUUUUGAUGACGUGGAUGAUUGGGAACAAAUAUAUGCCUUUGUUGGACGACGCAAAUGGUUUGGUCCAGGAAGUAGAGUCAUUAUAACAACUAGAAAUGAACAUUUGCUGACACAAGCACAAGUGAAUGGACAGUAUGAGGUUAGAGAAUAUGAGGUUAGAAAAUUGGAUACGUCUGAAUCUCUUCAACUUUUCAGCUGGCAUGCCUUUGGAGUGGCCCAUCCAAAGGAAGAUUACCUGAACCUUUCGGAUAGUGCUGUGAAUUAUGCUGGAGGACUUCCAUUAGCUCUUGAGGUUCUGGGUUGCUUUCUAUCAGGAAGAAGUGUCAUUGAAUGGGAAAGUGAAUUGGAAAUAUUACAAAAAACGCCUCACAACAAGAUUCAGAAAAUACUUAAAAGAAGCUUUGAUUCCCUAGAUCAUAAUCGAAAGAUCAUAUUCCUCGAUAUUGCAUGUUUCUUUGUCGGUUCAGACAAAGAAUAUGUCAUUACAAUACUUGAUGGUUGUGGCUUCUCCUCCAUAAGCGGUAUAAACAUUCUUGUUCGAAGGGCCCUGUUGAGAAUUGACGAUCAACAUAAUAAGUUGGGAAUGCAUGAUUUGAUUCGAGAUAUGGGAAGAGAAAUUGUUCGUGAAGAAUCACACAAAUAUCCAGAAAAGCGUAGUAGAUUGUGGUUUCACAAGGAAGUGUUGAGUGUAUUGCACAAACAUACGGGAUCGGAAGCAGUGGAGGGUCUCACCCUAAAUCCAUUUGAUGAGCUUAGAGAUGAAGAACGUUCGAUGACCGAAGCAUCUGUUGGAAAGGGUCACUUCCUAAAUUCACCAGAGCUUAAAGUAGAAAACUUGAAACCCGAAGCAUUCGAAGCGAAUGGUUUCAUCUUACAUUUGCCUGGGCUUGAUGUAGAACAUUUGAAAACAGAAGCAUUUGCCAAUAUGCAGAAUUUGAGACUGCUACAAAUCAAUGCUGUACAUCUCACAGGAAGCUUCGAAUAUCUUUCCAAAGAGCUAAGAUGGCUUUGUUGGCAUUUCUGCCCUCUGAAAUUUCUACCUCAAAAUUUUCAUCUAGAGAACCUUGUUGUUCUUGAAAUGCAGUACAACAAUCUCACCCAAAUCUGGAAAGGGAACAGGAUACUCAACAAUUUAAAAGUUCUUAAUCUCAGCUAUUCCAGAACUCUCAUAAAAUCGCCAGACUUCUUACACGUCCCACAUCUGGAGAUACUAUUACUUGACAAAUGCAUAGAGUUGGUUGAACUACAUGAGUCUAUUAAACAUCUGAAAGGGCUGGUCAGACUGAGUUUAAAAGACUGCAAGAAAGUUAGAAAUCUUCCAGAAAGCAUUUCUAACUUAAAAUCUCUUGAAAUUCUUAACUUGUCUGGCUGCUCACAACUUGACAAGUUGCCAGAGGAAUUGGGGAAUUUGGCGACUUUAAAAAAGUUGCUUGCAGACGGAACUGCUAUCAAGCAAUUACCAUCCUCCUUUAGUCUUAUGAAGAAUCUCAAAGAAAUAUCAUUAUUUGGACAUGAAGGAACUUCUUUAGAAUCUUGGUUGUCAUGUUUCUCAACGUGGAUUUCAUCACCAAAAUGCUUGAACCCCAUGAAUUUGGUACGAGCUUCAGUUUUUCGAUUUUGUUCUUGGGGAAAACUAGUUCUCAAUGACUGCAAGUUGUCUAAAGCUGCGAAUGCCAUUGAUCUCGGAGGUUUAUCUUCACUCCAAGAAUUGGAUCUAUCACGAAACAACUUUUUUAGCCUACCUCAAGGCAUCGGUCGCCUCUCUAAAUUACAAAUUUUGCGUUUGAAGCAUUGUGAGUCUCUUCACUCAAUUUCAGAACUCCCUGCAAAUUUACGGAUCCUGUUUGCAAAUGAUUGCUCAUCAAUGGAUAGGCUCUCACUUUCACCGAGUUCACAAUUAUUUGGUCUUUCCCUCAAUAACUGUAGCAAACUGCUUGAGAUUCAGGGCUUGAAUUUGGAACAAAUUUUAUUCAUUGAAAUGAUUGGGUGCUACAAUCUAUCAUCCGAUUUUACGACUAGUCUUCUCCAGUUUCCGUCAACCCAGAGUGCUGCUCAAAGACUAUUUUGCGUCCCUGGCAGUGAGGUUCCAAAUUGGUUUAGCCAUCAAAGAAUUGGAUCUUCGAUUUCCUUUCGUGUACCUUCACUUUCAGAAGGUGAGAUUCGCAGCCUACUUAUUUGCGCUGUUUGUACAUACCUGCAAAUAGGGAAUACGCCAGAUCUGGACGUGAUAAUCCAUAAUAAAACCAGAGGCUUCCAGCAUGCUCUUGUGCGAAUACCGGUUGAACAUUGUGCAGAAAUUUCACAUAAUUUAUUCUUAUUCGAAGCCCCUGUUAUAAGAAAUAAGUUGAAGACGGUAGAUUGGCCAGAAAAGGAAAUGGAAAUGGUUAGUGGAGAGGAAAUCGAGGUGUCUUUCAGUAAUUGGGGCUGGAUCGGCGCUGAGGUGAGAAAGUGUGGUGUUCAUCUUCUGCUGGAGAAGCCAAAUGUAAUCGAUAACAAUGGAAGUAUGGUGCAAUAUCUCAGAUAUGAUACUGCUAAAGAUGAUGAAAUGUCUGAUGCAGCAGAUGAUAAUGAAGGUGAGGACUAAUGCCUACAAAGACAAUUCAUCGGUAAACUGAGGGCUUAAUCCUUUUAUGAAAGGUGGAAAAUGGUGGCUGGAAGAAUGGAUAAAGAUAUUGCUUGACUGAUCAUUUCCUUUUAUGGUGUGUUAAUUAUAUAUUUAUUCAAUUCACGUCACUCUUAAAGAGAAUCAUGUUCACAUACUCUUCCUCCUUGUACAUUAUCAGGUGCUAAGUUACGUUGA